AUGGCAGUCGGUAGGCAGUUGGAGGAAAACAACGGGGAUGAGAUCGAUAGAAUUUCAUCUGAAAAGGUGAUAUCUUUUGUGGGUGAAGGCUCUUCUUCAGACAAGCUGGGAACUUUCACUGCAAAACUUGAUGUUCAGAAGGAACUGUCGUUGCAUGCAAAAACGGAAGAAGUCAUUCCAAUCAGAAGAAAAAUCUCGGACCGCAAGAUUCGCAGUGGACGGGUUAUUGAUCCAAAGAUCAUUGACGAUUCAAGUGAUGAGGAGUCAGAUUCUGAAGAUGGAUCAGAUAGCUCUGGUGAUGCACCAAUUGGACCCGCCCUACCUGGCGUUGCAGAGCCACAUGAACAGGAAGUGGCUCAGACCGAAAAUCUCCCCGUGCACAACGAGGCUAUUCUCGGUGAAAGUCAUAGCUCUUACGUAUCUACUACGUCUAUGGAUAGAGCUGGAAAUCGACUUGUAUCCGGCUCAAUAGACUCGACGGUAUUUUUCUACGACUUCAAUUCCAUGAACCGUGCAUUACGAUCAUUUAGAACUGUGAACCCCCUUGGAAACUCUCCAAUUCGCAACCUGCAAUACUCUGCAACGGGAGGCCUACUGUUGUGUUCUGGGGGAUCGACCUCAGCCAUUGUAAUGAACCGUGAUGGUGUGACUUUGUCGCAAACAGCGAAAGGCGAUAUGUACAUAGUAGAUAUGACACGAACCAAGGGACAUACUGGGGCCAUAUUAUCGGCGAAGUGGCGGCCGAACAGCAAGGUUGUCGCCAGUACAUCUGCAGAUGCAACUGUUCGGCUUUGGGAUGUCACAAGGACAGAGAGAAGUCCAAUGGUUGACAAUCCGGUCAUUUCUCAGGUUCGAGUCACGAAACUGCGAAACGCAAGAGGUGGAAAGGCUGUAGCCACUGCACUGGACUGGGAUGCCAAUGGAAAGUUUUGCAUACUAGGAUGUAAUGACGGAAGAAUCAAAAUCAUCAACCCAGAUAUCUACUCAUUGCAGCCUGAGGCAGAAUCUGAGGUUGUGAUUCAGCAGGGUGCAGAAAUCACUUCGGUCAGCAUAUCCCCAGAAACGAGUGCAGUGCCUUUAAUAUUGGUGAGAAGCACAGAUGACUGUUUACGAGUCUUUGACAGGAGAAUGUUGACCCGUCCAGUAAAAGCGUUCUACGACUUACCUAACGUUGUCUCCGAAACAAACGCCUGGUUCGCUGGGGAUACCGGGGAGCACUUUCUGACUGGGACAAGUGCAAAGAGGAAAGGGGGUGGACUUCGUGGAAGCGUGCGGAUGUUUGAAGCCAAGAAGAUGACGGAAGUUUGGAAGUCAGAAACCGAAGAGGAGACUGGAAGUGUUGUGCACGGUUUGUGGCACGACAAGCUGAACCAAAUCUUCUACGGGGCGGCAGACGGCAAAGUGAGAGUUCUUUAUCAUCCAUCUGAGAGCAAGAAGGGCGUUUUGAGUUGCCUAAUGAAGAGCGAUUUCCGCAAGAAGCACGGAGUGGUAAACCUCGGAGUGGGGGAAAUAUUCACACCAUCGACGUUACACGACCAGAAAUCAGCAAGGGGAAGCAAGGCAGCAAGGGAGGGACAAAAGAAUCGGCCCAUGACAGCCCGUGGUCGCCGAGAAGCGUCUGAAGCUAUGAAACCGAAGCCGUAUUCUGGUCUCCGGCCGACACCUGGUGAUAAAUCUACGAGUCUUGCCAAGCACAUUGCCUCUGGACAAGUCGAGCAAGACUGGGCACUUGAUCCACGCGAAGCGAUUUUACGUUACGCUGACGUUGCGAAGCAAGAUCCGAAGUUUACGGGAGCGUACCAAAAAACUCAACCUGAGACCAUGCUGGCUGAAAAAACGGCAGAGCAGGAAGAGGAGGAGUCACGACAAGCGAUCUACGAGAGAGACAGGUUAAGACGAGCGCGGAUGCAAGGUGAAAAGCAAUAG